UUAUUAACAUGUUUAUUGGUAUGUUUUCAGUAUUGCACCGACCAUUCUACAAAGUCUUGGUACAAACUUUUGGGGAGCGUUCGUAGGAGGAUGGUUAGUCAUAGUUUAUAUGUCAACUUCACUCUAAAUUCUUUGUUACUCUUCUGAAGAGUGGCGAUUUUUAAGAGAAGAAGCUAGAAAAAUGUUAAGACCAAUUAGGUCGAAAGAUGACGGCGUCAAUAAAUGACUAUUAGCGGAUGUCAUAUAUCCUUCUAUUUAAACUUUGUACAACGAACCGCUGAUCAAUUUGUAGUUUCCUUUUGUGAAGAGUUUCUUUAGCCGCAUCCUUCUUUGCGUUUCUUGUUUGUCUGAUGACAAAGAAAGCGCCCUAGUGCGAACCAAUCAAAGUAUUUAUCAUUUAUUGCAUUGAAAAUAUGCUGUGCCAAUUGACAAGUUAUAUGAUACCGCGACAAGUGAAUGAUGGACGAGAAUUUAAGAUUUGGUCAAGUUAACGUGAAAUUGAUGGAUUUUCUCGUUAAAGUAUCUCGACUGGAGUUGCCAAGGUGGCCCAUCUAUGGGAAAAGUCUUGAUUUUUUGUCAUUUUAAAUGCAAAGAUGUGAUCAUGGGGAAAAUUUGCGUGCAUUGAUUUUUGUACUAUUGACGAUCAACAAGCAACUUAAUGUGAAGUCGACAUUACGACUUUAUGAGUAUUGGGAUUCAACACAUGUUUGCUUUGCCGCGUUCUUUUACGAGGAUCCGUCGUUUGCUAAAACAACCUCGUUGUUAUGGCUUCAUGAUUGUCGUAUGGACUGCUGUAUUUGUCGUUCUUAGUAUACUCUCGUACAGUUCGACGUUCAUAGGAGGUAGAAACAAACAGCAUUCGGUUGGCAGUGAAGACAAUCAAAAGUAUUUGUCUAGAGGUAACAAGCAUGGACCUUUGGAAGAUCAGAACGAUGCUCACAACAGAGUAACUCUUAUAAUUCAUCAUUAUACCAAACCAUACACGUCCAAGACGUUGAACUACAUAACGAGGUACCUCGAAAGUUUCCGAAUACGUUAUGUAAUCACACGAACGGACGAUCGUCUCCUUGUGAACUUGAAAUUUGAAAUGAAGAAAGAUGUAGUAGAUGCAAAAUAUUCGCUCAUCAUAUUUUACGAGUUUCGAACUUAUUUAACGCUAAGCCGACUCGCUCGGGAAGUCAUCUAUAAAUACUGUGUGAAGUUUAAUGUGGGACAGAUGUUUUUCGCAGGAAACAACUUAGGAAAGAUAUCAGAGUUUCACUUGGAAAUCAAGCGCUUAGCAAAGACUAAACCUCAUACACUGCGGGUGAAUUCCACGUCAAAGCUUUUAUGGAUGACAAAAGCAGGUGUAGAGGUCGUUGUACCACAGAGAACCCGACUUACGUACUUAGCCAAUGAUUUAUCAGAUAUGGAAUACGAGCCGGUAGCAUGGUUUAUUUCAAAGACCAGCAGUGGCGAGGAAGAGAGAAAAUUUACAGUUCUUUUGGAUCAUGGUAGUAAAUCUGGAGUGAGAAGAAUUUUUAGCACUCUAAAUUUUGGUCUGUUCCUUCAUGAGUUACUAUUUUUUGACUCCUUAAAGUUUUUAUCUCAGCUUCCUGUUAGAUAUACAUUAAAGCGAUAUAUACAAGUUGAUAUUGAUGAUAUUUUUAUUGGAAAAUCAGGACUUCGAUUAAAAAAAGACGAUGUUAAGGAACUGCUGAAAACACAAAAGAUUUUACAACGAAAAAUUCCAGGUUUCAAAUUUCAAAUUGGUUUCAGCGGCAAAGGUUAUCUAAGAGGCUCAGACGAAGAAGACGAAGGUGAUAAAGAGCUUGUUGCACAUGCGUCUUUCUUCUCCUGGUUUUGUCAUAUGUGGGACCACGAGCAAGCGCACAAAUAUGAUAACUUGUCCGUGUUGACAAAGCUGAUGAAAAAAAAUAAACAAUUUGCCAAGAGUCAUAAAAUUGCAUUGGAUAGCGGUUAUUCAGUUAGUUCCCAUCACUCUGGUGUAUAUCCAGUACAAGAAUCGUUGUAUCAGGCCUGGAAGAAUGUGUACAACAUUAGCGUGACAUCAACAGAAGAAUAUCCUAAUCUCAAACCGGCUUGGCGACGCAAAGGUUUCCAACAUAAGGGUAUUAAGGUUCUUCCAAGACAAACUUGUAAUGUAUACACAUCCACAAAUUUCUUUCGUGACAUUCACGGUGGAAAGCCUGCACUGGAUCGAAUGAUCGAUGGUGGCGAGAUUUUUGAAACUGUAUUGAGGAAUCCGAUUUCAAUCUUCAUGACCCAUAUGACAAACUACGCAGGUGACAGACUUGCUCCGUAUAUUUUUAAAAAACUCACAAAAUUCUUUCAACGUUGGACAAAUUUAAGACUUCUCUCUCUGCCACCGAGGAAAUUGGCCGAAAUUUAUUUUGAAUCAUUUCCAGAGGAGGUAACUCCAUUGUGGCAGAAUCCAUGUGACAAUAAUCGCCACUUGGCAAUUUGGCCUGUUGACAAGAGUUGUUCCCGUCUACCGACACUUCUGGUGAUUGGUCCACCGCAUGGUGAUCAGGAAUUUUUAGCAAAGUUAUUGCGCCUGCAUCCGCGAAUGAAAGGGCCUUUAGGGGGUAACGAUGGAUACGUGGAAACUAAUUUUUUCAGCAGCGAAAACUAUUUAAAUGGACUUGAUUGGUACAUGGAUCUAUUUCCCAAACAUACGGAACUUUACGAAAAAUUAUACGAAGUGAGCAGCACGUAUUUUGAAAGCAGAGUGGCAAGUGAUCGAGCAAAUGCAUUGCUCAAGAUUGCCAAAAUUAUCAUUGUUCUACCUAAUCCUGUACGAAGAGCAUACAAACAUUAUAUGCAUUUGAAGACCACACGUGUAAACAGGUUAGCUCAACAGUACACGUUUGAGGAUAUUAUAACGAAAAAGGUUGGAUCGAAGGAAAGAAGAAACUUGAGAAAACAAAUAUUAUGUUCGGGUCAUUAUGCAAAACAUUUAACUAAAUGGAUGGCGUUGUACAAUCCAAACCAGGUGAUGAUAAUAACGGAUGACGAACUGAUUAAUCACACAAGAAGAGUGCUAAAUAACAUUCAGGACUUCAUCAAUAUAGAGAAACCUAUCGACUACGAUCAAUUACUGAGAUAUGAUAGCAGAUUGCAUAUAUAUUGCCUUCAAAAUGCUAACAGGAAUGGUUGUUAUGGAAAUGUGUAUGAAGAUUGCAGUCAAAUCAGUGAAAAAGCCAAGAAAUAUUUACAGGAAUAUUACUCAAAACAUAAUAAAAACCUUUUUCGGUUUAACCAGAAAGUACAAUUCAGCAUUCCAAAUUGGUUAAAAGUUUAUGGGUGACCAAUAUAUUUAUAAUAUAACUCAAUAUAUAAUUAUAUAUAAAUAUACAAAGAAUAUAUUAUAUUGCGUCAGAUAAGAUUUUUAACUAAAAUAAAUUUUUAAAAUUAUAGCAAAAUAUAUCUCAACAAAUAUAUAUUUUUGCGGCA